AAUCACCGAAAACCAAUAACCAUAACACCUCCCAAAUUCCCAAUUAGGGUUCCAACUUCCAUGGCUCUUUUACGAUCAUACAAAAAAUUGACCAACCCCAAUCUUGUUCCACUCUCAAAAUCCCUUUCACCUUCACCAGGUUCAAAUCUUGAGCAUCAUCACUCCAUACACACAUUCCAACUCACCCAAAUACCAUAUGGGUUUCCAAAAAUUCACACAGACGCCGAAACUAUCUGCAAAGUCUUAUCAAACACUCGUGAUUCCACCGUCGACACCUCUCUCCGCAAUGUGCCGGUGACGGCGUCGCCGGAGCUGGUGGUUGAGGUUUUGAACAGGCUCAACAAUGCGGGUCUACUCGCGCUUUCGUUCUUUCGUUGGGCAGAGAAACAGGAAGGGUUCAAACACACCACAGAGAGCUUCCAUGCUUCGAUCGAGGCAUUGGGUAAGAUUAGACAGUUCAAGAUGAUUUGGACUUUGGUGGAUGACAUGAAUCGCCGAAAGUUGCUUACUGGUAACACUUUUUCCCUCGUUGCUCGAAGAUACGCAAGAGCAAAGAAGGUCGACGAAGCAGUGGAGACGUUUGAAAAGAUGGAAAAGUAUGGUUUGAAUCCCCAAGUGUUGGAUUUCAAUAGGUUGAUUGAUGUUUUGUGCGAAUCCAGGUUUGUUGAGAAAGCACAAGAGGUGUUUGAUAAAAUGCGGCAAUUAGGGCUAACGCCUGAUGUUAAGUCCUACACCAUUUUGUUAGAAGGGUGGAGUCAGCAGCAAAACUUGUUGAGGGUCGAUGAGGUGUGUAGGGAGAUGAAGGAUGAGGGUUUUGAGCUUGAUGUUGUUGCUUAUUGUAUAAUUAUUAGUGCAUAUUGUAAGGCUAAGAAAUAUGACAAGGCCAUUGGGUUCUAUCAUGAGAUGCAAGCAAAGGGUACGAGGCCUAGUCCCCAUAUAUAUUCUACUUUGAUUAGUGGUUUGGGUUCUGACAAGAGAUUGCAUGAAGCUCUUGAAUUCUUUGAAAAAUCUAAGGCUAGUGGUUUUGCACCCGACGCUCACACCUACAAUGCUGUUGUUGGGGCUUAUUGUCACUCAAUGCAGAUAGAUGAUGCGUAUAGGAUGGUUGAUGAGAUGAAGAAAUAUGGGAUUGGUCCGAAUUCUAGAACGUGUGACAUAAUAAUUCAUCACCUAAUAAAGGCUCGCAGAAUUGAACAAGCUUGCUUGGUUUUUGAGAGGAUGAGUGAUGAGUGGGGGUGUGAGCCAAGUGUCAGCACGUAUGAGAUCAUGGUUAGAAUGUUUUGUAAUGAAGAGCGAUUGGAUACUGCAAUGGCAGUUUGGGAUCAGAUGAAAGCCAAGGGACUCCUUCCUAGAAUGAAUAUGUUCUCCAAGUUAAUCAUUGCCUUGUGCCAUGAAAAUAAGUUAGAUGAAGCCUGUAAAUACUUUCAACAAAUGUUGGAUGCGGGCAUGCGGCCACUACCUUCCAAAAUGUUUAGUACCUUUAAGUAUGCUCUAAUUAAUUCUGGGAUGGAGAAUACUGCCAGAUAUUUCGUUUUGAAAAUUCAUAAUUUGAGAGAUAUGCAUUGA